UUACUAGGCUGGGGUGGCCGCUGGCUUCUGCCCAGCUAUGGCCUGCCUGCUCCGGGCUGCAACCUGGCGGCUGUUCCCCUGGAGGGGCUACUGCUCCAGGGGGACAAAGGGCGAACUCAGCAAAGGCUUUGUGGAGGCUCUGAAGGCAGUCGUGGGAAGCCCGCACGUGUCUACCGCCGCUGCGGUCCGAGAGCAGCACGGGCACGAUGAGUCCUUUCACAGGUGCCAACCUCCUGACGCUGUGGUGUGGCCCCAGAAUGUGGAGCAGGUCAGCCAGCUGGCAGCCCUGUGCUAUGACCAAGGCGUGCCCAUCAUCCCGUUUGGCACAGGCACCGGGCUUGAGGGUGGAGUCUGUGCGGUGCAGGGCGGUGUCUGCAUCAACCUGACCCACAUGGACCGAAUCCUGCAGCUGAAUCUAGAAGACUUUUCCGUGUUGGUGGAACCCGGCGUCACCCGCAAAGCUCUCAACACCCACCUGCGGGACAGCGGUCUCUGGUUCCCCGUGGAUCCGGGUGCAGACGCCUCUCUUUGCGGCAUGGUGGCCACCGGGGCCUCGGGCACCAACGCUGUGCGCUAUGGCACCAUGCGCGACAACGUGCUGAACUUGGAGGUGGUGCUGCCUGGUGGGCGGCUGCUUCACACCGCGGGGCCCGGCCGGCACUUCCGGAAGAGCGCAGCGGGCUACAACCUCACCGGGCUCUUUGUGGGCUCCGAGGGGACCCUGGGACUCAUCACAGCCGCCACCCUGCGCCUGCACCCUGUCCCUGAGGCCACGGUGGCCGCCACCUGUGCCUUCCCCAGCAUCCAAGCGGCAGUGGACAGCACUGUACACAUCCUCCAGGCUGCAGUGCCUGUGGCCCGCAUUGAGUUCCUGGAUGACGCCAUGAUUGACGCAUGCAACAGGCACAGCAAGCUGAACCGCUGCGUGGCGCCCACACUCUUCCUCGAGUUCCAUGGCUCGGAGCAGGCGCUGGCAGAGCAGGUGCAGCGCACAGAAGAGAUCACCCGGCACAAUGGAGGCUCCCAUUUCUCCUGGGCCAAGGAGGCCGAGGAGCGCAGCCGGCUCUGGGCGGCGCGGCACAACGCCUGGUACGCAGCCCUAGCCCUGCGGCCCGGCUGCAAGGGCUAUUCCACCGACGUGUGUGUGCCCAUCUCCCGGCUGCCGGAGAUCCUGGUGCAGACCAAGGAGAAUCUGAAGGCCUCCGGACUCACAGGAACCAUCGUUGGGCAUGUGGGCGAUGGCAACUUCCACUGCAUCCUGCUGGCAGACCCGGAGGACCCUGAGGAGCUCCUCAAGGUCAUGGCCUUUUCAAAACAGCUGGCCAGGCACGCACUGGCAUUCCAUGGCACCUGUACUGGGGAACAUGGCAUUGGGCUGGGCAAACGGCAGCUGCUGCAGGAGGAGGUGGGUGCCGUGGGCAUGGAGGUCAUGCGGCAGUUCAAGGCCACACUGGAUCCCCGCGGCCUCAUGAACCCAGGCAAGGUGCUGUGAGGGGCUCUGAGCACCUGCCCCACAAGCCCCCAGUCAGUGGCACUUCCUGAUCUGGGAUGUCUUCGUGCCACAGAAUGACUCUGCCUUUGCCCUGCCCACUGGCUCUUUCAUUCAGAGGCAGCCAAGGCCCGAGGAGAGAAGCCUGGACAGCCGGCUCCUCCCUGGCCCUCUUGCUGUUCUCAGGAGCCUUUUGAAAAGUCCAGUAAACGGCUCAGGAUCA